GAUGGUAAGCCUAUGCUUCGUCAGGGUGACACAGGAGACUGGAUUGGCACAUUUCUGGGUCAUAAAGGUGCUGUUUGGGGUGCCACUUUGAACACAGAUGCCACUAAAGCAGCUACAGCAGCAGCAGAUUUUACAGUCAAAGUGUGGGAUGCUGUGUCAGGCGAUGAACUAAUCACGUUGGCUCAUAAACACAUUGUCAAAAGUGUGGAUUUUACACAGGAUAGCAAUUAUCUGUUAACAGGUGGACAAGAUAAACUGUUGCGUAUCUAUGACUUGAGCAAGCCAGAAGCAGACCCUGAUGUUGUCAGUGGACAUACUUCUGGCAUUAAAAAGGCUUUAUGGAGCAGCGAUGACAAACAGAUUCUUUCAGCUGAUGAUAAAACUGUCCGCCUCUGGGACCGGAGUACCAUGACUGAAGUGAAGGCACUAAAUGUUGCAAUGUCAGUGAGCAGCAUGGAGUAUGUUCCAGAAGGACAGAUACUUGUCAUAACCUAUGGGAAGACUAUUGCUUUUCAUAGUGCAGAAACUCUAGAGCAGAUCAAAUCAUUUGAAGCACCUGCUACAAUCAAUUCUGCAUCACUUCACCCUGCAAAAGAAUGUUUGGUUGCGGGUGGUGAAGAUUUUAAACUCUAUAAAUAUGACUAUAAUACAGGAGAAGAAUUAGAAUCUUACAAAGGCCACUUUGGUCCAAUUCACUGUGUGAGAUUUAGCCCUGAUGGAGAGUUAUACGCAAGUGGCUCUGAGGAUGGUACACUAAGGCUGUGGCAGACAACAGUAGGGAAAACCUACGGUCUUUGGAAGUGUGUAGUUCCUGAAGAGGAAAAUGCAGAAGCAGCAAAAGCAAGGACCACCCUUCCAGGAACUGCAGAGGAGGAAAUAGAAGAUCUUGCCACUGAAAACUCGGAUUCAGUGUACAGCUCAACUCCUGAAGUUAAGGCCUGAUUAUUGUAACUGUUACGCAGCAUAUGGACAUAUGAGACUAAAUCAAGUGAAUAGUGAUAAACAGCAGCCUUCCAGAGUGUGCUGUCUACAUAAGGCAAAGAUGGGCAGUAAUUGAUGAGAAUGCGGUGGAACUGGCUAGGUGUUGUCUGUAAGAGAACUGAGUUGAGUAGCCAAAUGAAAAAAGACAAGUAGUAGAGUUUUGCUAUCUUUUUAGCAUAACUGCCUACUGUCUUUUCAAAGAAGUGUGCAAGCCAAGAUCCAGUCUCUCCAAUUUCAGUUAGACUCAUUGUAGUGUGUUUUCUUUAUUAUGAAGAAGAGGUACAGUGGCGGCUUUUACCCUUUUUUUAAAAAUUUUUUUUCUUGAAAGUUGGAAAAUUUGGCUUUAGUUGAAAAGAAGGGAUUAUGUACUAAAAGUAUUUGGUUCGGGUUUUGUUUCAUUGUACUCUGCUUCUAAAUGUUUAACUGUUUUCAGUUGUCUAAAUAAAAUGCCUCUUGAAACUCUUACCUUACUGUUGAGCGUUGGGUUGAUGGAAUGCAAAAACAACCAAGUUAAUUAUGUAAUCCUUCCAAGCAUCUUGGUUAUGUACAAUACCGAGGGAAAGCAAUAAGAAUGUUUUACUGUUGCUACAGAGGGUGUCAAGUUCUGUGAUCUGUGAGCUUUGUGUCUUUUUAUUCUUUAAACCUUGAAUGUAAACGUGAGUCUCAAAAACAUUGGAACUCCUAAAUUAAACGUGCUGCCUGAAAUACUUGGUUGUACAUGAAAAUCUCAGAGGUUGGCUAUGAAUCUGUAUAAAGCUUGGGUUUAGUUCUCCAGACUGGAUAAAAAAGUUUCUCUUUCAAGGUUACAAAUCAUAUUUUCUUCAUUAAAGAAAAUAUUGCCAUUC